AUGAGCGACAACACCACCAACCCCGUCGGCGACAACAUCUAUAAGGGCCGUGAUCUAGAUCGAGAACUUGUCGGACUGCCGAGAUCCAUCGCAAAGGCAGUCAUCGACCUCUCCAACGAUCCCGAAGCAGGGGAGCGUAUCGAACCUGAAUGGGCCGACUGGGACGCCAUCCAAGAGCGACGACGACAAUCGCGAACCGAGAUCAGUUUCUCGAGCAGGAAGCUCGAUCAUCACACCUGA